AUGGACGGCGAUCUGGAAGAUGGGGAGAUUUCUGGUUCGGAGUCAGAGUCUGAGAUGAAAACUGCCACAGCGGCGCCGCCGGCCCGACCGUUGCAACGUACAGCCUUGAGCGAUCGCGCUUCUCCACCUGCAACUGCAUAUAGAAACUUCGUUAGGCCGGCCGAGUCCAGCGACAGCGACCCGGAUUCGUCCGAUGAGGAAUGUACCUCCUUGCGCCGCAAACGUCAAAAAGUAUCCAACGUUCGCCAAGCGCCCGCGGCCAUUGCCCGGCCGGCGUCGAACCGUGACGCGUGCGCGCUCGGUGGCCGCAAGGUGAACAACAUUUGGGGCUCUGUUGUGCAAGAGCAGUGCCAGGAUGCUGUCGCUGCAGAACUGUGCCUCUUUGGCAUGGAGGGUGAGAUUUGCAUGUCUGACAGAAACGUGGAGACCUACAACUACGUCCUAGCUCAUAAAAUCAUGGAGAAGGAGAGGCAGAUGGAGAAACGGCAACAAGAUGAAGGGGAGGUGAAAAUGUUGGAUGACCGGUUGGAUGACUACAUGAGGGGCCACGGGUCAGAGGAGAGAACGGGAGGAGACGCGAAGAGGAAAAGACCGGCGAAAGAGAGACUCGGUCCUUUAGCCGAGAUGGACGUUAAAGGCCGCUAUGAGAUCACCGAAGAUGACGCAGAGGAUAAAGUCGUGGAUGAGAUCGUGUACAGGCUGCAAGAGCCCAAAAAAGACCUGAUAGAACGCGUCGUGAAGGUCGUCGGGACAAGAAAGGCCAUAGAACUGCUCGGCGAGACGGCCACGCUGGAGGAAAAGGGCGGCGUCUACACCUUGGACGGCAGCCGGCGCCGUACGCCCGGCGGGGUGUACCUCAACCUUUUGAAGAACACGCCCGGCAUCUCCCGGGCCCAGAUAAGAGAGAUCUUUUUUGACGAGAGUCAGAAGGAUCAGAAGAGCAAAAAGGCGGCCCAAAAGAGGAGGCGGCACUUGGUGGCCAAGAAGAUGAAGCAGGCCAUCGGCACUCUCAACCUGCAGGAACACGACGAUGUCUCCAGGGAGACUUUUGCCAGCGAUACCAACGAGGCUUUGGAGUCACUGGAAGAGGCCGCAAAGGAGGAAGAGGAGGGCCGGGAGGAAGAGCGCGCCGUGGGUACGGAGGAGACGCCCGUGGUGUACAGCUCGGGAGACUUGGAGGUCUUCUGAAAAUUGCAGCACAUCAAAGCAUUGACAGGGUUGCAACGCAAUAGAAAAUGAAUAGUGACAAAAAGAUAAAACAGUCGCAAAUCACCACACAGCCAAUCUUGACUGAAUCUAGCAUGAUGUUAAGCUUGUUUCAUUGUUUGGGUCAUUUUUUGGGGGGGGCAACGGCCUUUCGAGCAGGUUUGUUUGAAUAAUUUGUGAUUUAUGUAAUAAAGAAAAGUUGGAUAACAUUGUUGAAAAAGAUCACUGGGUGAGAUAUCGCAAAAGGCUGG